CUGUUUGCUUUAAAAUAGUAAGGAUUGCAAGGGUUGUUUGUACCACUUCCAUAAACCCUUGAGAGUCGUGACAGUCAUUGCUUGAGAGUAGAAGAUAGCAGUUCAGUUUGACAUUACUUCAGCUAUCAACUGCGGAACUGUUGCCGACUAGGAAAGAUGAGCUCUUCCGUUCAAACUCCACCCUGGUUCACCACGGAAUUCGUUCAAUCCAUAAUCCGGAAUGCUAAAUCAGAUCCCACGAUCACCAUAGCACAACCGUGCAUCCUCGAACCGGGAUCCAAAGCUGGAGACAGUUUCUCCGGUGCUCUGCACCGCACAAAAAUUCACUACCGUUCCGAACGUCAUACAGAACAGGAACUCAGCACCAGCUGGAUGCUCAAGUCCGAAUCCAGCGAUGCCCUGAACACCGCUCCAACCCUGUUCAACACGGAACAUCGCAUGUACACGGAGGUUCUGCCCGCUAUGCAGCGGGAGUUGGAAGGAAUUGGUGAAUCUUUGAGUGUUCCUGGGUUGAUUUAUAGUUCCGAAAGUCCUCGCUUGAUUGUCAUGGAGGACUUAUGCUUCUCCGGGUGGACCAGAACGGAUGAGAUUUGUAGGUUUGAGGAUGCUUUACCAGCGAUUAGAACUAUUUCAAAGUUUCACGCGGCGUCGUUCGCUCUUAAUAAGAAGGGCAUGAAACUCUCCAACUUCGCCAACCGCACCUCGGACAGCUUGCUGUCGAUGUUCCGUCCAAUGUUUAGCUCCUACAUCGACGCCAUCUGCAGUUGGGACGACUUCAAAGACAUUCAUCCUAGACUGCAGGAGUUCAAAGCUUCCUUCGCGGAUCAAUACAAGCAAGUGUACACUCUAAAUCCCGGUCCUGAAGGGUACAACGUUCUGAACCAUGGAGAUUUCCAUGGGAAAAAUUUGCUUCACUUGUUAGAUGACCAGCGCAGGGUGGUCAAAACGGCCGCCCUGGACUUCCAGGUUUGCAACUGGGGAAGCCCAGCCAUUGACUUGAUCUACUUCCUGUACCUGGUUAUUCAUCGGGACGUCCUAGACAACCACCGCGAUCAACUGCUGGAAGAGUAUCAUCGACACUUUGUCGACUGUUUGACCCGAUUGAACUUCCAAGGCCGGAUUCCAACCCGCGAAGAUCUGCAGGCCGAACUGAACCGGAACAUUUUCUUCGAACUGUUCAACGACGCCGUCGGGGCACCGUUCCGCGCCGUCGACUUUGGCGCAGUGUCCCUGGAGGACUUUCUGGCCGGGCGCGUCCCGAACGUGGGGCUUAGCAACGCCGGCUACCGCCGAAAUGUUCGCGCAAACCUGACCCGGUUGGUCGCACGUGGCUUUUAAUGUUGCGAAAUAAAUUUCCCCUCCGCCGACAGCUUACAAAGGAUUAAAAGCCCGGGUUUCUUUCGGGGUGGCCUUCGAGUGGGGCUUUUGAAUAAAUCAAGAAAGUGAGCGCCCGAAAACAAGGACCUCCUGCGCGCGGCGUGAUGAAUAUCCGACGGUCGACCGUUUGUUCAAAAUUAAAAUCGCUCGUAAUUCCGGCACGCAAAAAGUGUAAUGAAAGUUGAAACUGUCGCGGCGUAGCUGGGAAGGACAGUGGGAGUGAGGUGAAUCAAAUUGGUCAAAAGUGUAUUAAAUUUGUCUUUCCUUAUCUUUCUGUUUACAAAUGUUUUUACCCAUUGAAUGUUGAGGGGGCCAUUUUUAUAGAUGUGAAGAUGUCAAGAUUGUUAAUCGAUAAAAUUAUCGUCGAUAAUAUUAUCGUCUAACGAUAACAAUAAUGGUUAUCUUUAUCGUCAGGA